AUGCAGACCAAACAUUUCUUCUCUGACCCGAACCACUUGGUUCUCACUGCGCUUAACUCGCUUACCCUCACAAACCCAUCUCUGGCCCUGGACCGACAGAACAAGAUCAUCUUCCGCCGUCCAGAUGCGCCCCGCAGAGCAAACAAAGUCUCCAUCGUAACCGGCGGCGGUUCCGGCCAUGAACCCGCAUUCGCCGGCUUUGUCGGCCAAGGGCUCUGCGAUGCCUCGGUCGCUGGUACGAUCUUUGCCUCGCCAUCUGCCGAGCAGAUCCGCAGAGCGGUGAUCGAUCGUGUCCCCACCGAUAACGGCGUGCUGAUCCUUCCCAUGAACUAUACCGGCGAUGUGCUGAACUUCGGUAUGGCGACGGAGAAAUCCCGUGUUGCUGGUAUCAAGACGGAAUUCUUCGCUAUCAAUGAUGAUGUCGGUGUCGGUCGUUCGAAGGGUGGGAAGGUCGGUCGUCGCGGUAUUGGCGGUGGUGUAUUGAUUCUGAAGAUGGUUGGUGCUUUGGCUGAGGCUGGCGGUUCCCUGGAAGACGUCUACGCUCUAGCCCAGCUAGCCAACGCAAACCUAGUCUCACUAGGAUCAUCGCUGGAACACGUCCACGUGCCAGGUCGCGGUGUUCCCGAAGACACGAUCCCGCACGGCGAGGUCGAAGUCGGCAUGGGAAUCCACAACGAGCCGGGCUCACACCGCGUGAAAUUCGACCUCGUCGAAUUGGUCCAGGGCAUGUUGCUCCAGCUACUCGACCACAACGACCCAGACCGCUGCUACGUGACCCGCAAGCCGGAAGACGAGUUCGUGCUGCUAAUCAACAAUCUUGGCGGUGUCAGCCCGCUCGAGUUGGCCGGUAUCACGGACGAAGUCUAUCGCCAGCUCAAGCGCGAUUACCAGGUUAACAUGGUCCGCGUGAUCCAGGGCACUUUCCUGACUAGUCUGAACGGCCUCGGAUUCAGUAUCUCGCUGAUGAAGCUGGUUGACCCGGGCCUCGGCGUGAAAACCACUAUGCUUGAGCUGCUCGAUGCACCGGCUGAGGCGGUCGGCUGGUCUGCGCCCAUCAAUACCUCUACCUGGGAAAAGAACCUGAACGCGGACCCGGUUGAGCUGAAGAACUCCAAUCUAGCUGAAGACAUCCACAGCAACCUACAGCUCGACCCAACCAUCCUCAAGAAAGUCCUGGGCGCCGGCCUUCAGCGCGUAAUCAACGCCGAACCCGAAGUAACCCGCUACGACACAAUCGUCGGCGACGGCGACUGCGGCAUCGGCCUAAAGCGCGGCGCCGAAGCCAUCCAAAACCUCCUCAACGCAAACCCACCCCUAACAAGCGACAUCGUCGGCACGGUAGCACAAAUCGUAACCGUCGUCGAGAACGUCAUGGACGGGACAUCGGGCGCGAUCUACGCAAUUUUCCUCAACGCACUCGCACACGGCUUACAAGCACAGGACACAUCCUCGCCAACGCCCAUCACGGCAGAGAUGUGGGCGAAGGCGUUGAAGUCUUCUUUCGCGGCUUUGGGGAAAUACACGCCUGCCAAGCCCGGUGAUCGGACGCUUAUUGAUGCGCUUGCGCCGUUUGUGGAUUCGUUGCUUGAGACGGGGGAUGUUAGGGUUGCUGCUGCGGCGGCGCAGCAGGGGACCGAGUCUACGAAGGCUAUGAAGGCGAGUCUUGGGAGGAGCGUUUAUGUUGGUGGGGAGGGGGAGUGGAUUGGGAAGAUUCCUGAUCUGGGGCCUUUGGGUUGUCGGAGUUUUUGA